AUGCGUAUUCUUGAGGUUACGCACGGCGACGGUGAGGUGCGGCGCCACUUUCUGCUCAUUGGCGAGACGUACACAAUCGGCCGCAAGGAGUGCCGUCUGCUGCUUCCCAGCGGCGAUCCGUCAGUGUCGCGGCACCAUGCCACCAUCACCGUUCGCGCAGUGCCGCCGCUGGCUACGCCUGGCGUUGCCGCUGUUGAGGCCAACGCAAACGUGGAGGACUGUUCCAAGCACGGCACGUACGUCAACAAGGAGAUUAUUGGGCGCGGCAACGCCCGCGUGAUUUACACGCGCGACGUCAUCAAGUUUGGCACACGCGUCACAGCACGCCUGCUGACGGCAACGCUGGUGCUUGUCGAGUCCGCCGCACUGAACGACGCGGAGGCAUUCCUGCUGAUGAGUGCCGCUGUGCGGCUGGGUGCGCUGCUUGUGCGGGAGCCGGUGCCGUCACUGGACAUGUUCAAAGAAAUGGGCCUCAAUUGUGUUGCCUUUCUGUACGUGACGAGCGACGGCUACGAUAUGACGCCCAACGUGCUGCGUGCAAUGGCACAUCAGUACCACGUCACGACGGUGGACUACGUCACUUCUCUUGUUGAGGCACUACGCGAGGACAGCCUUAUGGUGCCGGAGGAGUUCCCUCUGCCAACCGUCGCCAUUCCGGCAUCACAGCGGUUCCCCGUAUCGGAUUACAUGCGACCCCUGAAGAUGUUCUACAGUUUUGACGGAUUCCUUAAGUCGAAUUAUCCACCAAACAAGCACCUGCGUCAAUUCACCUUUGUUAUCCUGGAUCCACAGAUACACGCCAGGUAUGAUGGUCUCCUGCGUCUUUGCGGUGCAGCAGUUGUGUUCAUGCCCCCCCAAAACUUGGGUAUGUUUAAUUCGUACACACAGGAGAUGACGACGGUGGUCGUUGCAAGCGAUGAUAUGUUUGCCGACCUUGCGGCUGUGCUUGGAAAGGGGCAGGAUGGUGCCAAUAACCGUGGUACAAAGGCGGAGCGAGAGCCGAAAGCUGCAGAUAGUGACAACAGAGAGGAUAAUAUUCUUGAAAUGGCGUACCAGAAAUUGUACAGAAUAGGAAUGUGUGUGAUUCCUGAGCAGAACAUUAUGCACGCCAUAUUCACUGGUAGUGUGCUAGAAAUCAAUAUCAACCCCUCGACCCCAUCACUUGUGCGCCUGAAAGGCCUGUUUGCGGAGAUGGACGAAAAUGAUGACAGUGCGAGUGAGGAUACAAUGCCGUCUACCACGGCAGCACCGACGCCUGCAGCAGAGCUGCCAGAGCGGCUGAUGGCUUCAUCGUAUUCUGACGCAGUGGUGAAGGCAGUGAACAAUGAAGUGGAAUACAGUAAAUCAUCGACAAGCGCGACCAGCAACAGUGGAGGGCAGCUGUCUUCCAGCAAGGAGCUGAGAAAAGACAAUGACACCCCACCAGACGAGUCGCAUAGUAAAGUGGAAAAUCUGAAGGCUAAUGACUCAAGUACAAAGAAAACGAGGAAACCACAGAAACAGCAGCAGCAGCAGCAGGAGAGUCAGGAGGUACCGCUUUCUACCGGGCCUGCCAGAAAUCAUGUCAACACGGCCGAUUGUAAAGCAGAUGCGCCCAAGGAAUUGAACACAGAGAAGCCACGGAUGGAGGCAGCAGCGCUGGAGAAGCGGCCGGUCGUUGUGCAUGCACCGUCGCAAGUGAAUGAGCGGGGCGCGCUGCGUUCGCCACCCACACGACAAUACGUUUUUGCGCACAAGCUUGCACCACAGCAGGCCAAGCAGAUCCCUGCGCUGGAGGGUGAGCAGCGGCAUCCGUCGAGGUCGACAUCGUCGUCGCAAACCGUAUCGCGCCUCCCCUCUGUCGACCCGGUGCCGACGCCACACUCUGAGGGAGUGGACGAACAACAAAGGCGUUUCCACCAGGGGCAGUCGUUGGAUUUCCACGCGGACAGUAAUCUGCUGUGGCGGCAGCGGAGCGCGGCAUCGGAGCCGCAGCAGUCGCGGCGCCACUCCGCUGUGUCGCUGCGGUACCAUGAGCAGCACAGCGCCCACCCGCACGCGGCGAGCGUCCGCGGCCAUCCCCACCCUUCGAAGCAAAAACUGUCUACUCCACUGCCGCCACGGCUGGAGGCUUCCUCGCUGUGGGUGCGGGAGGGGACGUCACCGUUGGGUGCGUCGCCCGGCGCGAGUCGUCGCCACUCGUGGGCCCACAAUGGGUCUUCAAUCGCCUUGCCCAACAAUGCCAAGCAGCGUUCUCGCAUCGACGCAUUGGCAGAUUCGAGUGGGAGAGGUGCCACUCCGGAAACUGGUCUACACAGGGACGCAUUCCUUGGGAAACGCUGCCUAGACUUCGUGGAAGACUUCCUUGACCCCUUCGCCCUCGACGUGGAGAAGUCACGCGGCCUCAUCCUCAAACAGAACCGCAUGGAUGGUGUGAGCAAGAAGUUCUUCCACGACGGUGUGGAGCGUGUGCUGGAUUUCCUCGGCUUCGUGCGCAGGACGGAGCGUGAAAUCCCGCCUAACUGCAGCACGGAAGCAACACGCAAGUACUGCAACUAUGUGAGGCGGAAAUCCCUCGCCACACUUCGCCGCAUCAAGGCGACAUAUGAGGCGGUGAGGUCCUACGUGCCGGGUAACCUCCAGCAACUGCGAGAUGGCGUCGGGGGCCGCUCCGCCUCCCCGCUGUAG